UCUGAGCAGAGCAGAACAGAGCAGAGCAGAGCAGAGCAGAGCAGGCACCAGCUUGACAGUGUUACUAAGGCAUUUUGCCCACACUCUCUGAUGAAUGGCACUGUUGAAGGGAAAUAGCUAAUCAGCCGUCUAUAGGGACACAUUAUCCGUCCUACUUUAACUUCCCUGGAUGUAACUCUCUCACUGACUGGAGUUCUGCUGUGUCUUCACCACCUUCACAAACGCCCCUCCCUGACGUCUAACUAACUGCCCUCCGGCGCACCUGAGAGGAGCAGAAGACCUGUAACAACCCCCACCCCCUAAAAAAUACUACCUCCUCUUCUUCUCCUCCUCCUCCUCCUCUUCCUCCUCUUGUCCACUGUUCACCUGGACAGAGCAGGCACAAGACAAGGGACACACAAUGGACUGCAGCUAUGCUCUCAGCACUCAGAUAGUGUUUGCUGCUUGAUCUGCCUCUUUUUUCAGGAGAGGAGAGGAAAAGAGGAGCGCAGAGAAGAAUUUGGAAUCCAGGAGCAUCACAGGAUCAACUCAGAUCGGCAGCCAAGAAACCGGCCAAGUUUUUCAGGAUGAUUUUGGGAAGUAUCAACCGAACAGGGGCGGUCCCCACAUUUUUGCGGACCCCCACAGUGAUCCAGCCUCAUCUGGACAUGAAGCCCUUCCUGCAGUUCCCCAUGGAGACACCCCCGCAUCACAGUGUUGGACUCUUUCACAAUUUUAACACGAUGGAUCCUGUUCAGAAAGCAGUGAUCAACCACACCUUCGGAGUCCCACUGGUUAAGACCAAGCGGCCUAUCAUCUCCUGUAAUGUCUGCCAGAUUCGAUUCAACUCAGAGAGUCAGGCGGAGGCUCACUAUAAGGGGAACCGCCAUGCCAGGAGAGUGAAGGGCAUCGAGACCUCCAAGACUCGUCCACAGGAAAGUGACAAGCCUCCUCCUGGUCCCACUUCCUCUCCAUCACCGCCAGGAGCCUUGACGGCCAAUUCAGACACUGACUCCAGCAAAACAGAAGAGACGCAGCCUGUGUCACAGCUGAGCAGGACUGUGGUAGCGCAGGGGCCUGCAUCUCUGUCGGCUCCCCCUACCCCAGACUCCCCUGGCCCCUCUACCGGUGCCCUCAUGCCAAGCCCUACCACUCCUCUUCCCCAACCUGCAAGCAGCUCCUCGCCUGGUUGUGGGUCUUCGAACCUGGAGCCAGCUGGAGCACCAGGAGCGACUGCAGGAGCAGCGGCUACUUCUGGCAAUGGAGAGACGGAGGAGGACAAAGCCAAGAAACUGCUGUACUGCUCACUCUGCAAAGUAGCCGUCAACUCACUCUCUCAGCUGGAGGCUCACAACAAAGGCACCAAACACAAAACCAUUCUGGAAGCCCGGAGCGGACUGGGUCCCAUUAAGGCGUAUCCUCGUCUGGGGCCCAAGCCCAGUGGAGAGAGUGGAUCUACAGACCCCAACACUCAGGAACGCACCUUCCACUGUGAGAUCUGCAAUGUGCGGGUCAAUUCAGAACUGCAGCUCAAACAGCACAUAUCAAGUCGAAGACACCGGGAUGGAGUAGCAGGGAAGCCCAACCCACUCCUGAGCCGACACAAAAAGCACAGGGGUGCAGACCUCACGGAUCUCACCAAAGCACUGGGUGCUGGUCUCCUGCCCAGUCCUCUGGCUGUAGCUGCAGCGAUGGCAGCUGCCGCCUCGUCUAAUCCGCUAGCUCUCCGCGCCGCAGCUCCCGCCCCACACCCUCAUCCUCAUCUCUUACAAGCCCCGCCCCUUAGCCAUGCUAUUCUGAGACCGGCCCCAGGGCCAAUCCGCACCUCACACGGGCCCAUUCUUUUCUCACCCUACUGACAGACCCUCGUCCACUUCAGCCAGCCAGGAGCAGCAACUCCAAAAGCACACUGUGAAGUAAUCAAGUAGAAAAAUAAAUAGUAAGCCACACAGCAAUGACUAGAAUUAACUCAUCCACCAACUGCUCAAUUCUAAAAAGGAAAAACAGUUGGAACAAAAGGAAAUGGAGGACAACAAAGGGAAAAGAUCUGACAAGAGUUUUAUUCUUUCUGUCCCUUGCCCUACCCUCCUCUUUUCUUUGGUGUGACUGAGUGAGUGAUUGGCAAUGAAUGGAAAGACAGUAUAUAGUAAUUACUUCAGCUCAGCAUUUAUCUUUCCCUUCUUGUCACACACACACACACACACACACACACACACACACACACACACACACAGAGACACAGAGAGUGAGACAGAAAUAGUCACAUAGGAACUGGAUGGAAGCAACAAACUGCUGGUGAGUUGUGUAACAUAUACCCAAACACACACACACACACACACACACACACACACACACACACACACACACACAAAGACUACUACUGCUAACUGUUUCCAUAUAUACUGUGUACCACAGUAGUUUCUCCCGGUCACGUUCAAUAAGUCCUCUGCCCUAUGCACCUUGGGGGACAAAAGCAAAAUAAUCCUGUUCUCUCAGUAGGAUAUCUGCUUCGACUGAUCUCCUCUUUAACCAAUCCAUGUCCGAUGAAGUUCUGCCCUCUAAGACACUGCUAGCAUCUUUCCAGUGUGGAGACGCUGCUCUGCAUAAUCUACUUAGAUCACCUUGGAAGAACUUCGGUAUUCAACAAGUGAGAAUACAACCAGAGGGGAUGUUGUGUGUGUGUGUGUGUGUGUGUGUGUGUGUGUGUGUGUGUGUGUGUGUGUGUGUGUGUGUGUGUGUGAGAGAGAGAGAGAGACUAGAAGGCAAUCUGGUUUCAUGGCAGUGUGGGGAAACAUACUCACAACACUAAGUGGUACUGCAGUUUGGAUUCAGAACGAACACUAACAUCAAAACACUUCUUGAGGGAAAAAUCCACCACCUUUCAUCUUCUCUUCAGAAGUGAGAGAGCUGAUGAUCUCCUGUUUAACGGAAAUCAACCCUCGGUUCCUAAAGGAAGACCAGUAGACAUUUAUUUAUUCUUGUGUAGUGUAGCAUAGUCCAAAACUUCCAAGUUGGUUGAUAUUGGUAGUAUCACAUCAACGAAAAAAAAAAAAUGUUAUAGAGCUGGUAUAGCUCGAAGUAAUGUGAUGAUGGUUUUAGAUGGAUGGUGGGGUUCUUAGAGAGAAAGACAAUAUAACAGGGGUGUCCAAACUGCAUCCUUCCUCUGGAUUAUUGUCAAAAUGAUCCGAUUAUGGUUUAACUAAAUUGGCUGAUUAAACAACUUUUAAAGGUGACAUUCUUGCUUUGGCCACUGGGUGUCACUACUGUUUAAAAUUGAAUCUAAAGAUUUUAAUCAUCUCCUCUCUGCCUUAACAUUACUAAGGUUUCAGGUAAACAUAGUGUCACCAAAGAAACAAAGUGAAUGAAGGUAUGCUGGUGAAAUAACUACUGAAUCUGCAGGAGUGUUGUAGUCGAGUCACUCAACCUUGAGUCCAAGUCCAGUCUCGAGUCCCUAGUGUUCAAGUCCGAGUCAAAUCCAAGUCAUGAAAGAAAAUUUUGAAUCGAGUCCAAGUUGAGUCCACUACUGAUCUGAGUCAAUUCCACUACUGAUCCGAGUUGAGUCUGACACAAGCCCCGCCCACUAUCAAUAGGGCAAAUAACAUGAGAGAGGGUUAACACUAGCUAGUUCAUCGCUCAGCAAGCCCCGCCCACUAUCAACAGAGCAAUGAACAUAGCAUGUCACUUCCUUCUCUGGGUGGAGUCUUGCCAAAUGACGACUGAAGUUCGAGGUCGUCCCCGUCGUCUCCUCGAUAGUUCUUCUACAUAUGGAACGCAUAGCAGUGCAUUUUUUUCCACUGCACGAGAAGUCUGUAUAAGCAAAGCGGACAAUCCUACGGGCGUUCUCUCCAGGCAUUUUAGCGCCAUUAACGUUAGUUUGUUCCCGAACAUGACGUAUGAACAGGUGAAUGUGCAUUCUCUUGGAGGAAAUUAGUAUAAAAAUUAAUGUAGAUGUAAAUAUAAAUAUCUUAUGCCAGAUUAUUAUGGCUUGUUACAAAAAAUAAAGGAAAAAUCCAAGUCCUCGUCUCCAAUUUACGAGUCCAAAUGCAGUUAAUCAUCAGUGCUCAAGUCCAAGUCAAGUCACGAGUCCUGGACUCGAGUACUACAAGCCUGCCUGUUUCUAACACUGAAUAUUUUGGGCUAGGUUCAAGUUUUGUGUGAAUUCUGAGAGGUAGGGGGGCUGGAAACUUCGCUGAAACCUGGCAAACCUGAUCAAUCAUAUUAGCUCUACUGUGCUCAUCUCGCCCACAGGAAACACACCUGCUGUAUCGAACACAGCUGAUACUGUGAUAACCUAUCAACUUGAUUUAGUUUGAAGCUGUGUCAUGAUUAAUGUUGUCCUGCCCUGCCAAAAUCUCUGGUCAUGAGCCGCUGCUGUACUGAGUUCAGAGGAGAUUGUGUCUUCAACUUCCCAGAAAUCAGCUCCUAUGAAGGAAUAAAAUGAGUAAAUGAAACUGCUUCAUUUUCACAUCAAACGGUGCAUAAAUAUUAAUCUCCCCCAUUAAGAUGAUCACUUAAAUUAAGAGGGAACAUCAAAGUGGCAAUCCAGCAGGUCUGUAAUUGUGUAUUAUUCUAUCCACAUUCACUGGAUAUAAGCAAUCACCCACUCUGAUUGGCUACUCUACUAGCAGGCUAUCAGCUCAUAUAGAGGAUGUGCAGUCACGUGACCCGUCCAUGUUUACUCCGCCAUAUUGGACGGCUUCAGGAUUGUUUACCUUGCGCGAGCGUAAUGGAUCCAGGGAGUAAUCCCCAAGAAAAUUCGGAAAAUACCCCAUCUACAUCGCGCGAUAACUUGUCUAAGUUUGUUCAGCAUCUUGAAGGUGACGUGAGGCAGCGUUACGUGGAAAAGUGUUCCAGGUUGGGGAUUGCAGAUCCGUACAACUUGCCGCAAUCCUUGUUCAGGGAAAUUCGGAGCUGCGGUGCCGGCGAUUUGCCCGAUCUGGCCUACCACGACAUUUACAAUUUUCUUGUUAAUCGUGAAUCGUGUUACACUGGCAAAGCCCUCAAAGCUUACAAGAGCCUGGAAGCUUAUAAAUAUUUUGUUGCGGGAUGGCUAUCCCAACUAUACCUCUGGAAGGUUCCGAAGAAGAAUGUCUACUUGAUAACCUCACGGGUAAGUGGCAUUAAGACGUUUAUCAUAACGAGACUAUGCAGGACGUUUUAUCGUAAGAAUGUUCGAAAUCUAAACUCAGUUCCAGAUAAUGACAGGGUUGUAGAUAUGUAUGUUUUUGUCUGAAAAAAAAAAAUCACAAAUCACUGCUAUCUUUAUCUGUGCAGAAUUAUUAUUCAAUAUCAGAUAUAAAUGUAUUAGAAGAUUACACCUACCUGAUAUGAAGUGUUCACUACAAAUUCGGCUGGUAGAACUGGGGUUCCAGUUUUCUCUUCGCACAGCGGACACCCAUUUUGCGCGUCUCUCCUCGUCUGCGGGGAAUCUAUAAAAUGACAGGCCCUCCUUUUGGCCCUGUCUAUUGGUACAACCAAAUGCUGAACAAGAUAUAACCAUUCUCGAAAGAUCUACUCCCACACACUUGAUAAUUAGAACGGGUUCGUCUAAGUUCUAUGCGCGGCCAUGCCGUCCAAGAUGGCAGAUAAACAAAUAUCAUGUGACCUCGUGACGUCACGUGCACGCUCUCUAUACCGUGUUAGUUGGUUAUGGCUGGGUUCUUGCCCGAACUGAUAAUCACAUCAUCAGUUUUUCUCUGGCUAAUCAGACACAAGGUACACCACCACUCUUGCCAGAGCAGUUGAGGGUUAGGCGCCUUGCUCAAGGGCACUUGAGCCAGUUCUGCUGGUUCAGGGAAUCAAAUCAGCAAUCUUUUGGUCCUCAAGCUGUUUCUCUAACCAUUUGACCAUGGCUUCCCCAUACCCCAUAUACCAUGUGUAGAGAAAAGCAAAAUGGUGGCAUGCAUCAAGUCAGAUAUAUCACUUUGUUAUCAAGUAUUUAAAAGAAAUCAAAAUAGUUAAAAGAAUAUAGGUUUUGUUUUGUUUUUUUCCCCUGUUAUCUUCUGUUCCACACUCCAGCCCAGUUGGUGGCGGUAAUGCACCUUUAAGUUGGUUUGCCAACCGCCAAAAAAACCCUAAAGAAGAAGAAAAUGGCAGCGCAUUUUGCUGAACCAACAGAGGACGAAAUAAAAAACUCUACUUGAAAACAAACCUCCAAAAAUUACAAAAAAAAGCACAACAAAAUAUGGAAUAAAAGUAUUUAAUGGUAAGAACAUAUUUUUUUUUCAAGAAUUAUUAUUAUAGCAUUUUUUACAAAUUGCUACUGUCAUUUCGCCGGUUUGUUUAAAUUCUAAGCGGAAAUGAUUUUGUUGGACGUUUUGUACAAAGUUUUAUUUAUCGAAUUUGCAAAAAAUGACAAUAAAAAUGCUCUGUUUCUCCAAAUCCAGUGAAUGUGGAUAUAAUAAAACAGUUAUUCCACUCAGUCUCGUUGUCGUACAUGGCUUAUAGACAACUCGGUGCUACGCGCCUCAUCGGCUAUCAGCACAUGUACGACUCGAUUUCAUGGAAUAACUGUUAAAUAUUGUAUAUGCAAUAGUGCAUAUCAUUUUCCCUAUCCUGCUCACAAAAAAAAAAAUGUUUGGGCACCCCUGCAAUAUAAGCAAAGGUUUGAACUCACACAGUCUCCUGUGUCCAUUCUCUCUCUCUCUCUCUCAUAUACACAAGUUAUGCAACCUCAACAGAAAGGCCAGCAAUAUGAACCCUGAUCUUUCUCUACCAUUUCCUCCUAAAUCCCAGCUAAAAUCAGUUCUGAACUCUAUCACCGGUCCUUGUGAGGGGUGGAGGAAUGGACAACAUUUUUAAGAGGAGAGAAAAGGGCAGGGAAAUGGAAAAUAAAUAAAUAUAUAUAUAUAUAUAUAUAUAUAUAUAUAUAUAUAUAUAUAUAUAUAUAUAUAUAUAUGGAACGAAUAAUAACUCAACAGGAAGAAGCCACAGGAUCACAGCGACAUCGCAUGGGGAUGAGACUGUUCUCCCGUUCUUUGGUCUGAACUUCCUGUCUUGAAUCUAAAGCCAUGCAAUGCAUACAAUUUCUAUUCUUUUACUAUGGUUGAUUUAAUGUUAUUGUUUUGUCAUUGUGGGUUUUGUGUUUUGUUUCAUUUUCAUAAAACACUGUUUUGCUGAUUACAUAAUUAGUGAUGUGAAGACUGUGGUGGGGGGAAAAUACUCCAAAAAUAUUUUUUUAGAUAGAGAACCAUGAGAUGAAAUUCAGUGUGGGCGUGGCCUUGUCACUCUAUGCGGGGGAAAAAGAUAUAUUCGUUUAGAAAGCAAGACGAAUCAUAACAUUGGAGGGAUUGUUUUUCCAAUGUAAGGUACUGAUGGACACACCGAAAGCCCUUCCGUUGACGUGACGCGCUAACAUGUCUUACUGUUGGAUGUUUGCAAUGCAAUAAGCAAUCAAAUUAUGGGACUUGCUUGAGAUGAACGUAAACCAAAUGUACAGGGUUCUGUAAACUGAUUUGUGUGUGCCUACUGAUGGGAAUCUGUGUUCGUCCACGGCGAUGUUUCCUUUCUCAGUGCAACAGGAAGGGCUGUGAUGGACUCUCACUUGCCCUUCACAUAAACAAGGGCCUUAUGAAUCUUUGAUCGAGGCACAAGAUACAGGCAAUCUGAGUGAAAACAAUAUAUAGUCUGCCAUACUGUUUGCAUAGCAUAUGUAGCUAAGUUUCAAGAUGUCCUCAUUGCAUUUUGUGCUCGUGGUCCGCAGGUUUAGUUAGUACAGUAUCAUUAUCACGAUAAUGCCAUUACCGAAAUGCUAACACACGUUAGCGUCCACCAUUGUGCUAUGAUUAAAGUGACCUCUAUUUGGAGAUGUAUUUUAUUUUUCUCAUUAGUUAGUGAGGCACUAGCAAGGGUGCUAUAGUUCUUGUCAGUGUGUAUCUCCUAGCAUUGUGUGUCUAUCAGACGGAAAUCAAUCAAGCUGGACUGAGCGACUUGUAUCAGACCGCAGCUGGCCGUGGUGUUGUGGUCACUGAUCUGCAGUCAGCGCCACUCACACAAGCUUCAGCGAUGCCAUGUCAGGCUGCAGACUCCAAGGAGGAACAGCGAUUCACUUCCCAGCACAAUCCAUAAGCAUGAUACGGACACACGUAGCUCCAUCUGUAAAGAAUACAUCCAUCCUGUAGUCAUCCCCAGAAGGAGCAUUGUCAGUGUACAUAAAUGUUUGGAGUCCUUUGGUAGAUUCAUCCAAUCUUUCAGGGCGGGUGUAAUGUUAGUGAUGAAGUGUGUUUUAGCCGUAGCCUUAUUCCACCCUAAGCCUCUCCAGGUGCAGAGAAAAGGGAAACCCUGAGAAGCUUUUGGUCAAACCUCGUCUUGCCAAUAAAGUUAUUUUUGAAUUUGUCAGCGGGACAAAAGAGUAUGUAUGGUGAAACGUAGCAAUAUUCAACCCAUACCGGCUACUCUUGUUUAUUGCAAUAAAGAGAUCAACCAAUAAACGCAUAGCCUAUGUGAGUAAAAUACUAUAGAUGUAAUUUAAAUGAAACACAGAACUUUAUGGAAAAUAUUAUUGAUAUUAAAAGAAACCUGGAGUUACCACAGGGGAAAAAAAAAUGUCUAUAAAUCAAUAAAGACUAUUAAACCUGA